UUACAACUUUCUGUGAUUAAGGACUACGUAAAAUGUGCAAAACUCUUUUUGAAAUUUAAUGCUGACGUCAAUUACCAAGGGCCCACAAAAUUGACCGCGCUCUCAAUGGCCAUCAGACGGGGAAGGAUGAACAUAGUUAAAUUGUUAGUGGAAAACGGCGCCGAUAUUAAUCUUCGUGAUGACCGCGGACAAACUGCACUGCAUGCAGCGGUUUGGAGAAGGAAGUCUGGUCUUGUUCAAUACUUAAUAGCCCGAGGAGCAGAUGUAAAUAUUCCGGAUUCUGGCGGAAAAUCACCUUUACAACUUUCUGUGAUUAAGGACAACGUAAAAUGUGCAAAACUCUUAGUGAAGUUUAAUGCUAACGUCAAUUACCAAGGGCCCAAAAAACUGACCGCGCUUUCAAUGGCCAUCAGACUGGGAAGGAUGAACAUAGUUAAUGUUUUAGUGGAAAUUGGCGCCGAUAUUAAUCUUCGUGAUGACCGCGGACAAACCGCACUGCAUGCCGCGGUUUGGAGAGAGGAGUCGGGAAUUUUUCAAUACUUAAUAGCCCGAGGGGCAGAUAUUAAUAUUCCAAAUAACAGAUUGGAAACUCCACUAGAUUGGAUUUAUUCACGUCAAUGGGAAAUUCCAGCCGAACACUUAGAACGUCAUGAGCGUAAUUCAAUACCUGAUGUACCAUUGCUUAUGGACCUGUUUGCAACUGAAUUGUUUUGAUCAGAAACAGUUCUUCUGAUGCAGCCCCCAAUGCGAGAAAAACACAAAAGACUAUAUACAUAUAACACAUGUUCUUGUUUACACUGCUGAUAUCAAACUAAUUAUGUCUCUUUUUGAUGUAAAGAAUAACGGUUUUAAGAAGGUAUUAUACACACAAAUAAUAUUAUAUAUUGUUACCAUGUAUUAUUUGCAUGUUUUAUGUCUUAUAUGGAGGUAUUAUGGCGUAAUGUAAAAAGUUGUUUUGUUUUAUUAUAAGCCUAUUAUAACAGAAAGCAUAAUAAUGCACGUACCUGGGCCGAUAUUACAGCGCGUUAAAAACUUCAGUGAUGAUGAUUUGCUUCAUACAACUGAUAAGCAUUGCUAGUAAUAGAACAUCGACAUUACAGUUCCUCCGCAAUGCAUUUUCAGAGUUUGCUGGAUCUUUGUUCACAUCAUUGCUAAAGUAAACUUUAUAUUCUGCAGGUACAACAUCACUUAUCAUCCCAGAAUCAAUGGCCCUAGUAACUGUUACGCAAAAAGUCACAAUUAGCCAAUUGCACACUAUUAAAGCUAGGAAAUUUAUAUUGUUUUAGAAGUGGGAUAUUACUAUACCACUGAUAUCAAAUUCUUAUUAUUCUAAAAAAACAUAUCGUCUGAUACUUGGGUAUACAUGAUGAUGAUGUUAAUGAUAUAUGGAAUCAUUAUUGUCUAACAGCAAAUAUUGUCCAUUACCGACAAAUAAUACGCUAAAUCAAAUGCCUAAUAAUAGCUGAAAAACAAAAAAUGACCAAAAAAUAAAUAAAAAUGGACUACCCUCAGCAGUCCUUGAUUUCCAAGGUACUUCAAAUUAAAGGAAUUGUUACAAAAUUCAAUUACACUAUCUCUAGAUUUUAAUAACCUAAACUCUCUAAACAUCUUUUGUAUUAUAACAUUUAAAACACUUGAUUGUCAGAUGUUUAUAUAUUUUCUGCUGUAUUUUAUGGUGAUUUUAGUACAAAUUGAUUCAACGGCAUACCUUCACUUUAAAAUACAGCAAUUACCUUUUCGUAAGAAUAAGAAUCUUGGCUUUUGCAGUUUCGAACUUUCAGAAUAUCAACUGAAAAAAUCUAGAAUUUUAUUGUGAUAGAGAUCUUAUUUUAACUUAGAACUAAUUAGUUUUGCAAACUAAACAUAACGGCAUCGUCUUAGGUGCAGUACCCAUAUAAUUGUAAUGUGUUAUUUUGUUUCAUUACUUUUAA